CCCUCCCAAUGUUUACCUGACCGCUCCUGUGUCCCCUCAAGGGCAGCACUCAGAACAGGACUGUGUCCCAUAAGUUACACCGCACAUCUACUAACCAGGGCUGGAUCCAGACCAAAGACUCACCCCUUGUUAGCGUUACCUGCUAACCUGGGAACAUGGCUAGUAUUAGCAGAAACACACUGCAAGUGAAUGAGCCUCGCCGCUAUGGCUCCACGUUGUCUUUAGAAGAGAAAUGUGAGCAGUCUUUUUUCCUCUUUUACUACUACAGGAUGGAGGAUGAGGCCGUGCUGGACAGAGGGGCCUCGUUACUCAAAAACUUAUGUGAUCAGGAAGAAGUUGAAGGUCACCACACUAUAUACAUCGGUGUGCAUGUGCCUAAGAGCUACCGGCGACGGAGACGUCAUCGCCGACGCACAAGUCACAAGGACAGAAAGGAGAAAGUGACUGAGAACGCUUCGGACAGGUCGGAUACAGAGAACAAUGAGGAGGCCAGCAACAGCAUCCUCAAACCACUCAUCUCACCUGCUGCUGAGCGCAUUCGAUUCAUUCUGGGAGAGGACGAUGACAGUCCAGCACCCCCUCAGCUCUUCACAGAGCUGGACGAGCUACUGUCUGUUGAUGGCCAGGAGAUGGAGUGGAAGGAAACUGCCAGGUGGAUCAAGUUUGAAGAGAAGGUGGAAAAAGGUGGGGAACGGUGGAGUAAACCACAUGUGGCCACUCUGUCCUUACAUAGUCUCUUUGAGCUUAGGACGUGUAUAGAGAAGGGCACCAUCAUGCUGGACUUAGAGGCCAACACACUGCCAGGGGUCGUUGAAAUGAUCACUGACAGUCAGAUUGAGAACGGUCUCUUGAAAGCUGACCUGAAAGAUAAGGUCAUGUACACCUUGCUGAGGAAGCAUCGCCACCAGACCAAGAAAUCCAAUCUUCGCUCCUUAGCUGACAUUGGCAAGACGGUCUCCAGCGCAAGUAGGCUGUUUUCCACCCCGGACAAUGCACGUAAUCCACUUGAGACUUCAGUGCCUUGUCUAAUGACUCGCAACUCAGAGGAGGUGUUGCGAGCCCCUGGAAGUCCAAGCAUGGGAUGGCCUAGUAGUCCAACCACCACACAUCGCAACUUGACAUCAAGCAGCCUGAGCGAUAUCUCAGACAAACCAGAGAAAGAUCAGCUGAAGAACAAGUUCAUGAAGAAACUGCCCAGAGAUGCUGAAGCUUCCAAUGUUCUCGUUGGAGAAGUGGACUUCCUGGACAGUCCUUUUGUGGCCUUUCUGAGGCUGCAGCAGGCUGUCAUGUUGGGGGCGCUGACUGAAGUGCCUGUGCCCACCAGAUUUCUGUUCAUUCUUCUUGGACCCAAAGGCAAAGCCAAGUCAUACCAUGAAAUUGGUAGAGCAAUUGCUACUCUGAUGUCCGAUGAGGUCUUCCAUGAAAUUGCGUACAAAGCCAAGGACAGACAAGAUCUCCUCGCUGGCAUCGACGAGUUCUUGGAUGAGGUCAUUGUCCUCCCUCCUGGAGAAUGGGACCCUGCCAUCAGGAUAGAGCCACCAAAAUCCCUGCCAUCCUCAGAUAAAAGAAAGAACAUGUAUGCUGGAGGGGACAGCACACAGAUGAAUGGAGACACGCCUCACAGCGGUGGACACGGGGGCGGGGGGCACGCAGUAGGCGAUGAGCUGAAGAAGACGGGGAAGUUUUGUGGAGGCCUUAUUCUUGAUAUCAAAAGAAAAGCUCCCUUUUUCUUCAGUGAUUUCUACGAUGGACUACACAUCCAGUCUUUGUCUGCCAUUCUUUUCAUCUACCUGGGAACAGUAACCAAUGCCAUCACAUUCGGAGGAUUGCUGGGUGACGCCACAGAGAACAUGCAGGGUGUGCUGGAGAGCUUUCUGGGCACAGCGGUGUCUGGAGCAGUGUUCUGUCUCCUGGCUGGGCAACCUCUGACAAUCCUCAGCAGUACGGGGCCAGUGCUGGUGUUUGAAAGGCUGCUCUUCAACUUCAGCAGGGAGCAUGACUUUGACUACCUAGAGUUCCGUCUUUGGAUCGGCCUAUGGUCGGCCUUCUUCUGUCUAGCCCUAGUGGCCACUGACGCCAGCUUCCUGGUGCAGUAUUUCACCCGAUUUACAGAAGAGGGCUUCUCCUCGCUCAUCAGCUUCAUCUUCAUCUAUGACGCCUUCAAGAAGAUGCUGAAGUUGGCUCAUUAUUACCCCAUCAACUCAGACUAUAAAAUCAAUUACGUCACGCAAUAUGACUGCAUGUGUAUGGCGCCCACUGAUGCCAAUUCUUCAGAUGUGUACACUGAUCCACUUGAUUCAACAUUUAUCUGGACUGUAAAUUACAGCGAUACACGCUUGAAUGCCAGCUGGUCCUCACUGUCAAAGAAGGAAUGCUUGAAAUACGGAGGGGAGCUAGUGGGCACAGCCUGUAACUUUGUGCCCGACAUCACCCUCAUGUCCUUCAUCCUUUUCUUUGGCACCUACACCUGCUCCAUGUGUCUGAAGAAAUUCAAGACCAGCCCGUACUUUCCUACUACUGUGAGAAAACUCAUAAGUGACUUUGCCAUUGUCCUGGCAAUUUUGAUCUUCUGUGGUGUUGAUGCUCUUGUUGGGGUCGAUACGCCAAAGCUCAUAGUGCCAAGUGAAUUUAAGCCAACAAGCCCAAACCGUGGCUGGUUUGUGCCACCUUUCGGAGGGAACCCCUGGUGGGUGUACCUGGCAGCAGCUCUGCCUGCCCUGCUGGUGACCAUCCUGCUCUUCAUGGAUCAGCAGAUCACCGCUGUCAUUGUCAAUCGCAAGGAGCACAAGCUGAAGAAAGGUGCAGGCUAUCAUCUGGAUCUCUUCUGGGUAGCUGUGCUGUUAGCAGUAUGCUCUUUUUUGGGUCUGCCCUGGUAUGUAGCUGCUACAGUUAUUUCCAUCGCCCACAUUGACAGCUUGAAAAUGGAGACAGAGACAUCCGCUCCUGGUGAACAGCCUAAAUUUUUGGGUGUCAGGGAACAGAGAGUCACUGGUGUCUUUGUCUUCAUCCUUACUGGUCUGUCUGUCUUCAUGUCUCCUAUCCUCAAGUUUAUACCCAUGCCAGUGCUGUAUGGAGUCUUCCUCUACAUGGGAGUGGCUUCACUCAACGGAGUUCAGUUUAUGGACCGACUCAAGCUGCUCCUCAUGCCUGCCAAACACCAACCAGACCUGAUCUACCUGCGGCAUGUGCCACUGAGGAAGGUCCAUCUCUUCACUUUCGUCCAGCUGCUUUGUCUGGCGCUCCUCUGGAUCCUCAAGUCCACUGUGGCUGCCAUCGUCUUUCCUGUUAUGAUCUUGGCUCUGGUUGCUGUGAGGAAGGCCUUGGACUAUGUCUUCUCCCAGCAUGACCUCAGUUUCCUGGAUGAUGUCAUACCCGAGAAGGAUAAGAAGAAGAAGGAAGAUGAGAAGAAAAAGAAAAAGAAGAAACAAGGGAGCAUAGACAGUGACAUGGAAGAUUCUGACUAUCCUUACAAUGAGAAUGUCCCCAGCAUUAAAAUCCCAAUGGACAUGAUGGAGCAGGAGCCUUUUUUAGGAGAUAAGGCCUCUGACAGAGAAAAGUCCCCUUCAUUCCUUGACCGAUAUGCGUCGUGCUGAAAAGCGCCACUACUUGCAGACCAGCCCGAUGUCAAGUUCAGAGACUGCCAUUAAAUGUGCCUCAGAUCAAAAUAGAUAUGGACCCAGAUGACAACAAUGGCUACUACUGGAGGAGUCGAGGGUCUGAGACGUCCAUAUAACUCCUCCAAACUGCUACAUAGAUUUUAUUAGCUCUUCCAAUUUGCAGAAAGCCAUUUGCCAAGGGAUCUUUUAUAAAGACUGUCCCUCAUCACGGAUCCUUUUUGUGAAGACUUGUCUCUCACUCACUUAAUCACUACGGUUUGCAAGUUGUAAUCCCUAAACUAUUAUGCAAUUCAGUUCAUUGUUUGACUUGUGUGUUGAGCUGUAGAGAAAUGCUGUAGCUGUUUUUACACUUUUUAAACUACUCUCUCCAUUAUUCAUCCAAUGCAAUAUAAGUCGUUCUACCAAAUUCACUUAACAUGACACUAUCUUUCCUUUUCCUUUAUUUUUUGCUGCUCUACCUCUGUUUUACAUGGUAGGCAUGAUGUAAAAAAAAAACCUUUUUCCAUUUUUUAUUUGCACAGCAUGAGAUCUUAAUGUAGAUUUUUUUUUAAUGUACAUCUUGAGCAGACUUUUCAACAAAUUACUUGUAUUAUGAUGAGAACAACUGUGACAAUAUAUUGUAAUAUUUAACUGUUGAUUAACUUUUUAAUGAUGGUUAAUGUUAUUGAUUGGCAUUGAACCUGCUAUUUUUCAUAUUGUUUCCUAUAAUAUGUGGUAUUAAAUCUAAUAUGUUUCCUUUAACAAUAUUUAUGCCUAAUUAUCCAGACACGUUCUAAAAAGCUUGAUUAAUUAAGAAAGCCUAAUAAUUCAUUUAGGGUUUCAAGUCUUGUUAGGCAUUUGCUUCAUCCACCUGGUUAUGGAAACCCUAAAAAGUCUACAUAUGUAAACCUACAUGUACUCCAGGGUCUGCUGUCCUGCAAAUGAUUUACCUAAGUGGCUUAAACCUGAAUUGCAAUAAUACAUGAAAUUCCUUUAGUUUUAAGAUUGUCUCAUGUAAUUCAGAUCACUUUUUUUUAUUUGUGCUUUAUUUACUUGAUGUCUAUAGCCACUGAAUGUCAUAUUGCAAGUUGUCAUUUGUAAAAAUGAGUCCGAAAAUGUCAACAAUGUGGUACAUGCAUUUGAAUGAUGACAUUAGUGCUGUCAUACAGUACAUGUCCUAAACGAUCUCUUUGAUCUUUCAAGAACUCAGUAUCUUUUGUUGAUUCCUGCUAAUUUGUCAUUAUUUUUUCUGUUCUCUCAAAAAAAAAAAAAAAAAUCAAUAGAUCUAUACAGGUAGCAUCCAUACUGUAUUUUCAAAAUCAACUGCUUUUAACCUUGUAUGUAAAAGAUUAUUAACUUAUAUUUUUGGGGGUACCUAAAGAUGAAAUAUAUGUGAAAGCAUGUCUGGGGAAAUUCUUGAACGUUUAAACAAUGCUAAAUAUUAAUUGUAGAGUGUGUAACAAAGAUAAAUUUUUAAUCAAGUUUUGUGAAUUUUUAGAACAAAACAGCUGAAA